AUGGAGAGGAAGUGUGAUGGUCGCAGGACGUUCCCUCGGAGCUUCAUGCCUCAGGAGAACCUGUUCCAGCUGGUUCCGUCCAGUCGGACGCGGAGCUACAACGGAGACAGCACGCUGCAGUACAGCGACCUCAGAACACUGGGCCGAGCCACAGAGAAGAGCUGCCCCCACAGAGAAGCAGCCGCAUCCCCGCGGGCACCGGUGAACUGGCGUCAGGGGAAGCUGCUGGGGCGCGGGGCGUUUGGGGAGGUGUACCUCUGUUACGACGUCGACACCGGACGGGAGCUGGCCGCCAAACAGGUGCCCUUUGACCCCGACUGUCAGGAGACCAGCAAGGAGGUGAAUGCUCUGGAGUGUGAGGUCCAGUUGUUGAAGAACCUGCAUCAUGAGCGGAUCGUUCAGUACUACGGCUCUACGAGGGACCUGGAGCAGAGGAAACUCACCAUCUUUGUCGAGUUCAUGCCUGGGGGCUCCAUUAAGGACCAGCUGAAGGCAUACGGGGCGCUGACAGAGAAGGUGACACGGCGUUACACCAGACAGAUACUCCAGGGUGUCUUCUACCUGCACAGCAACAUGAUCGUACACAGAGAUAUCAAAGGUGCCAACAUCCUGAGAGACUCCACUGGCAACAUAAAGCUGGGGGACUUUGGUGCCAGUAAACGAAUCCAGACCAUCUGUAUGUCAGGAACAGGCAUCAAAUCAGUCACCGGCACACCUUACUGGAUGAGUCCAGAAGUCAUCAACGGAGAGGGUUACGGACGCAAAGCUGAUGUCUGGUCUGUGGCGUGCACUGUGGUGGAGAUGCUUACCCAGAAGCCUCCCUGGGCGGAAUACGAAGCCAUGGCGGCCAUCUUUAAGAUCGCUACGCAGCCCACCAAGCCCCUCCUCCCUGAGGGCGUGUCCGAGGCCGCCCGGGACUUUGUGCGCCAGGUGUUUGUAGAGGAGAAGUGGCGUCCCACGGCCGAGAACCUCCUCUCACACCCCUUCGUCCAGGGGGGGUUCUGACCCUGACCUUUAAUCCCAGGACCACCCUGCCAUCCAGGCCGCCACCCCAGACCCCAGGGGCCACAGGCUUCCAGGGCCCAGCCCCGCUCCACUCCUCCUGCCCCAUCGACCUUUGAGCCUGAGGGCAUGAUGACCCCAGACCUGAUCAUAACCUGACCCCAGUCUCUCUCUUCCACCAGCCGACUGACCCCAGAUCUGAUCAUAACCUGGUUAAUGGCAGACUAUCCCCUAAGGGGAGGGCAGACCAUGCAGACCCCUCACAGACCUCCACUCUCUCCCAUGCAGCUGUAUAUGCCUCAUUGUAGGGGGUGUCAGCUAGCUGCUUAGCUAGCGUGGGUGUGUUUCCUACAUGGUCCCAAGAGGCAAAGCCAGAAGGGAGGAUUAUAGUCUCUGAGCUGCAGGCAGAACUCUGGUCUCAGAUCUGCCAUGAAAUACAAUCAGCAUCCACAACUAGUCUGACCCUUCCUUUUACACUGAUCACCUUUUAUAUUCCACCUGUAUUGUGAUCACUGAUAACCUUUUAUAGUCUAGCUGUUAGGUUAAGAGCAAAUGAUGUAAAUACAUCUAAUGUCCCUGUUGUCUUUGAGUAAUAUUCUGCUUCAAAAAGGGGAUUGUGAACUAUUUUUGUAAUACAUCCUAGAUGAACACAUGCUAGUUUUAUUUUUACGUUUAGAGCAUUGCCCUGUUCCUACACCAUAGCACUCCUCCUAAUCAUUACCCUGUUCCUACACCAUAGCACUCCUCCUAAUCAUUACCCUGUUCCUACACCAUAGCACUCCUCCUAAUCAUUACCCUGUUCCUACCACUCCUCCUAAUCAUUACCCUGUUCCUACACCAUAGCACUCCUCCUAAUCAUUACCCUGUUCCUACACCAUAGCACUCCUCCUAAUCAUUACCCUGUUCCUACACCAUAGCACU